AUGUCCGCUUCAUUCAGUGUACCUCCUCUCGAGGCCGACUUUCCUUUCGACAUCAUUUCUCACCUCAUCCCCGUCUCUCCAUUUCGCGAAUACCCGCAUGCCAUAUCGGACGAAAAAAAAGGUGUCCACUUAUCGGUCAAACAAUACAUUCCUCGAAAUGAACCAUUUAGAUACGAAGACACGGUCCCGAUUACCAUCCUCGCAUCAGGAGGCGUAGGAUUCAUUAAAGAGCUCUACGAGCCUCUUUUUGCAGAAUUACUAUGCAAAGCACGCCAGAAUGGAACCAUCAUCCAAUCAAUCUGGAUCGCAGAUAUGUACAACAUCGGCGAAAGCGCUGUGGCAAAUCGACACAACCUAGGUUGCGACCCCGCCUGGACCGACCACUCACGCGAUUUAAUGGACGUGAUAUACCACUUCCGCGACAAAAUGACGCGACCGAUAAUCGGACUCGGCCACUCCUUUGGCUGUAAUCAGCUUUUCAGCUUGUCAAACUGGCAUCCCAAUCUCUUCCACUCUCUCGCGUUCAUCGAGCCGGGUAUUGAUCCUUUAUAUGGAAUGGGAACGACAAUCGGUUGGGCGAACGCGAUUCUGAAAUUCAAAGAUGCGUAUUCGACGAGACAAGAAGCGGAAACUCAAUUGUUCAGGUUGCAUAACGCCAAAGCUUGGGAGAGGAGCGUCAGUGAGCGGUUCAGAGAAUAUGGUGUUUAUGGAAGAGAGGGAGAGAAAGGCGAAGAGUGGGCUAUUACAACGCCCAGAAAUCAACUGGUUGCUUUGAUAGGUCGGAUGAACCCGACAGGCGUUGGUCGCGGGCCUGGUGGUAUGGCUGAUGUGACUCUGGCCGAUCGAGAAUCCGUCCCUGAUGCUGACCCGGAGGGACAUCAAUUGGGUCAUUUCUACCGACCUGAACUGAAGAAAGCUUGGGAUAUGUUGCCGAAUAUGCGACCAUGGGCACUUUAUAUUGGGGGAAACAAUUCGCCUGCCUUUGGGCCUGUGAAGGUUCGGGAGGAGAGGCUCCGUCUGACUGGGAUCGGUGUUGGAGGAAACGGAGGAGUGAAACUCGGCGCCGUGAAGCAGGUUGUGAUUGAAGACGGGGAGCAUACUAUGACUUUUGAUCGCAAUCUGUACAAAGUGGCAGGUCAUGUGGCGGAUUUCCUUGCUACCGAGUCUAAGCGUUGGGCAGAAGGGCCCAAAAUGCGGCAGGAUAAGUGGCUGCAGAAGAGCUUGGAGGAGAGACAGAGCGUUGGACAAGAUUUUGUCGACGGUUUGGCAGAGGAGAAGAAGAGGAUGAGACUGGCUCAGAGACAGGGCAAAUUGUAG